AUGGCCGACCGCACAGUUCGGGCUGUUAUUGCAGAUCAGGAUGUCAACGAGUGUCACUCAAACCCAUGCCAACAUAUUUGCCAUAACACUUAUGGAAGUUUUACUUGCCAAUGUCACCCAUGUUAUACAAAACUUGACCGCCAAUGUGAGCUGAGGCAGUGUCAAAUAAAUGGUCAUCAGUGCUUUUCAUACGGGACUAUAAAUCCAUCCAAUUCUUGCCAGAAAUGCCAUACUUCCAAGCAAAAAUCAUGGACCAAUGAUGAUUCUUUGCCAUGCAAUGAUGGCGUUGCUUGUACUAGAAACGACCACUGCUCCAAUGGAAGAUGUAUUGGUACGCCAUUCUCAUGCUUAUCAUGUGAAGAGUGUUACAACGAUGCAUGCCGCAUCAAGCCUGGACACUGUAUUAUCAUAGUGGCAGGAGUGAGAACCUGUUUUUCUCAUGGCGAACUGAGGCCAGGAUAUCCAUGCCAGCAAUGUGACAGCAAUAACAUAAACAAGUGGACUAUCAACAACAACCUGCCAUGCAGUGACAACAACAUGAGGACCAAGGACGACCACUGUGUGACUGGAAUAUGUGUGGGUACAUUCUACAAUUGUCCCUCAUGUGAAGCACAUGAUGGCAGUGGCUGUCCCAUUAAACCCGGUUAUUGUGUCAUACAGCACCUUGGCCAAAAGACAUGCUUUGCUCGGAAUCAGUAUAAACCUGGAAAUCCAUGUCAGUGGUGUAAUCCAGGAGGCAACAACAACGCAUGGUCAAAUCGAGAUGGUAUGGCAUGUGAUGAUGGGAAUAGGUGCACCCGUGGAGACAAAUGCAUCGGCGGCCAGUGCAGUGGCAUUCCCUUCACUUGCAACUCCCUUUGUCAAUUCUGUAAUGGCACCAGCUGCACCCUGAAAACUGGAUUUGGAUUGGUGAAUAAAACGUGCAUGUGCAAAAUAGCAGACAGAGACUAUAGUCACCAAGCCGUAAAUCCAUCAAAUCAGUGUCAGUGGUGUGACCUGUAUGAUACGGCAGCUCGUGCCAACAGCGCUUGGAGUAAUCGUCCAGCGGUGCCUUGCGACGAUGGAAACAAAUGCACAAUGCAAGAUACGUGUAACGCUGGCAGGUGUGCAGGUCUGGGAUACUCUUGUCACUCGUCUCAACCAACACCAAGUUGUAUUAAGGCCUCUGAAUGUGUUGGGGAUGGCACUUGCAGGCCUUCACUGAAGUCAAAUAGAACCAUUUGUCGACCUGCUCUUGACGCUUGUGAUCAACCGGAGAGGUGUGAUGGUAUCCUUGGAAGCUGCCCUGGAAUAGUGAGAGAUGGCAUUUUCAUUAAAAUUGGCGAGGUGCAAAUUGUCGAUUCAAAGCAACAAUCGCCAAUUCAGUACCAAUAUAUCACAGACAGACUUUUUCUGAAGAUUUCCGGCUUUUCAUCGACGUGUGGUAGCAUCUCUCUCAGAUGGUCCUUACUGUUGGGCUCGUCACCUUGUUCUUUUAAUGCAAAUAUAAGCGGAACUUUAAAAAGUAACAACGAAUAUCAAACUGUUAGAGGACUAAGCCUCCAAGAUAUGACAUCUUAUAAAAUAUUCAUAAGGGCAUCCGACUUGAGAGGGAAAAUUUACCAACCAGUCUGCAGUAAAGCCGUAGUUAUAGAUACCUCAAAGCCACAAGGUGGAUGGGUCCACGAUGGACCUCGAGUCGACCUAAGUUAUCAAGCUUCUGAAUUCCUGCAAGUGAACUGGGGGGGAGUACAGGCAAGACACGGCGUCAGCAAGUAUGAAUGGAAAGUUCUUGUUACCUUAUUGGUCACAAACAAAACCAUCGAGCUAAUGCCGUUUACUACAGCAAACCUCAAUACUAACGCACAAAGGGGUUUCGACAACAUGGAAGAUGGUUCCAAAGUAAUAUUUAUCAUCAGAGUCUUCACCAAAGCGGGCCUGUUUUCGGAACUCACAAGCGAUGGAGUUAUAAUUGACACAUCAGCGCCUAUUGCGGGGAAGGUAAAUGACGGUAACCAAAUUGGCAGGGAUUUAAAGUACGCCAACUGGACGAGCACAUUCAUCGCAAACUGGGAACAGUUCACCGAUCCACAUUCUCCCAUAGCACGCUACACGUUGGCGGUUCAGCGAGAAGGUACCGGUCUCAUAACCACUUUUAAGGCCACAGCCCAGGACCGUUCGUCCACAGUGGAUAACGUGAAUCUUGUUUCCAAGGAAAGCUACUGCGCAGUUGUCAGAGGCUACAACAAAGCUGGUCUGUACAGCCAAGUAAAGUCUGACUGUUUACUAAUAGACCAUGAUGCCCCACACGCCGGCACUGUCAACGAUGGGCACUUCAGUGACAUUGACUAUCAAUCAGACAAUACCAUGAUCGCGGCAAACUGGCAUGGCUUCACAGACGGGCACAAAGGAAGCGGCAUCUCGGAGUACAAGUACAAAGUUAUGGAUAGCAGUGGUAGCACCAUCGUUCCAUGGACAUCAGCAGGAAAUUCAACGAACAUAACCCAUAAUGGGCUGACUUUGAGUAAUAGCAUAAAGUACUUCGUUAUUGUGAAGGCAAUCGAUGCAGUUGGUCUGAGCGUUGACGUGACUUCGGAUGGCUUUAACGUGGAUACAACACAUCCAGUGUUUACAGGAAAAAUUACAGUAACUGGUAAGGAUGACGUUCUUAAUGGCACCCCUUGUGUCUACAUACCAAGUAUAUUGUCAGUGAGAGUGAAGUGGUUGGGUUUUUCCGAUGCUCAUAGUGGUCUCAAGAGUUACCUUUGGGCCAUUGUUCCCUCGGAUAGUACACCAAUGGACUCUGACUUCAAAAUUGUGCCAGGACCUAAUUUGCCAACGUCCGCAAGUUUCAGUGGCUUGGCGUUGACUCAAGGAAAAGGUUACGUUUUCAUCAUAAGGGCUUACAAUGGAGCAAAUAGAUUUAAAGAUGCCCGCUCGGUACUCAUCGUACCUGACUCCACCCCCCCUUCCCCUGGAUAUCUGUUCGAUGGACCUAAUCCCCAGAUAGAUGUCGACUAUCAGGCUGAUUUGAGACAUGUUUAUGCUUCCUGGACAAAGUUCCCAGAGCUGCACACUGAAGUCAAACAGUACUAUCUCGCAGUAGGAAGCUGUAUGACAGGAAACUAUCACGUUACUGGUAACACAUUCAUCGAAGUUACCCCUUCAACAACAACUUCAUUCGUGUUAGCCAAUGUUUCGCUGACGAAUGGCCAGAAGUACUGUGUAAAACUCAAGGCUGAAAACAAAGCAGGGUUAGUGAGUUUGGAAGUAUCUUCAGAUGGUUUCAUCGCUGAUGCGACGCCUCCAAGUGCACGUAAGGCUCAAGUUCGUGAUGGAAACACUGGUUCAGACCUUGAUUUUCAGGAGAGUAACACAACGUUAUCGUCUCAGUGGGACGAGUUUGCAGAUCCAGAGUCUGGAAUUGAGCGUUAUGAGUAUGGAGUGAGCAGAAAUCGUGCAGGUGUACCCAAUAUUCUCCCGUUUCAAAACGUUGGAAUGAACACUUCGGCUGCUAUGACUGGCCUCACACUUACAGAUGGUGUCUAUUAUGUUCUUGUCUGUGCCUUGAACAAAGCCGGACUUCGUAAAUGCAUAAGUUCUGACGGAGUCCUAAUUGACCUUUCCCUUCCAAGCCAUGGUGUAGUGCAUGAUGGGAUCAUGGCACCUGAUAGGAAUUAUCAGUCCUCUCUAACAAGUAUUGCUGCAAACUGGGAAGGAAUCUGGGAUUUAGACAGCGGAAUUGAGAAAUUUGAAUGGAGUAUCGGCACUAGCAAUCAUGACAAAACCAGUGUUCUAAACUACACCGAUGUUGGUCUCUCAACACACGUCAGAAGUCACGGAAAUCUAAACUUGAUCAGUGGUAAAAAAUAUUAUGUGCACUUGAAGGUCACAAAUCAGGCGGGAGGUGUUAGAGAACUUUCUUCAGAUGGCAUUGUUGCAGAUGGGACUCCACCAAUCCCUAACGCAAUUUACCCAGGCUCUGGGUCUAAUAGUAAGUGGAACUACAACGAUCAGGAGCAAGUCUUCUAUUCUGAUGAUACGUCUGCCUUUCAUGUUUAUUGGGACGAAUUUUCUGAGCCUGAGAGUGAAAUUUGGUACUACAAAUGGGCUAUAGGUACAAGCAAGUGUGGGACUCAAGUCCAACCGCUUAUAAACAUCGGGCAAUCAAACUACGUCAACAGUUCAAAGACAGACUUGGUUUUUAGAUCUGGAGUGAAAUAUUUUGUCACUGUGACGGCCAGAAACCGAGCUGGUCUUGUCUCACAAUCGUGCUCUGAUGCAUUCAUCUUUGACAGAACGCCGCCUCAGUCAGGAAAAGUCGAUUUCGAAGAAGCGUCAAGUAAAACUGCAAAUAAAACGUUUCUCAGCAACAUUAACGUCUCCAUGUCGUGGGAAGGAUUUACAGAUCAGGAGAGUGGUAUAAGAGCAUGCAACGUUUCAGUACUUGACGGUGCUGGAAAAGCAUUAUUCACCACAUCAUCCAAUGCCUCCUCAGGUAAUCUUACGAUACCCGGUAAUAUUACGCUUCAUCGUGGUGAAUACACUGCCCAUGUAAAGUGCAUCAACAAUGCUGGUCUUUUUUCUAUGUCCUCUGCGUUAUUUGUGAUAGACAAUACACCACCCUUUUCAAAAGGCCCUAUUGUAGCAGGUGUAUCACCUUACGGGUUUUUCCAGUAUCAGUCUGACAACACUUCGAUUACUGCGUCAUGGCCUCCAUUUGCAGACGACGAAAGUAAUGUAGAGAGCUACUUCUGUGCGAUCGGCAGCGAACCAUACAAAGACGAUAUUAUUCCUUUUAAAAAUGUUGGAUUAGCCACUGAGUUAACGGAGACGAACCUCAGAUUAUCUCAUGGAGAAACAUAUUUCAUCACAGUAAUAUCACGAAACCAGGCCGGGCUAAGUUCUAAUAUUACGUCGCUUGGUCUCAAGAUAGAUACAUCACAACCACUUGCCGAGAGCAAAGAUGUAAAAGAUGGCAAAUAUGACGAAGAUAUCGAUUUCUUCUCAUCUGGUAUGGAAUUUUCAGGUCGGUGGGAAGAUAUUACAGAUCCUGAAAGUGGCAUUUCAGAGAGUAAGUACUGUGUAGGGACUAGCCCCUACGGUUGCCAGAUUAAAGCAAUGACAUACACUGGCAAGAACAAGUCUUUUGUUUGCCCAGAAUGUGUCGCAAAAGAGGGAGAAAGGGUUUUUGUGACAGUCUGCGUAACCAAUGGGGCCGGUCUAUCGAAAACAGUUUCUUCAGAUGGAAUGCUUUUCGAUAGCACUCCUCCCUCAAUUGACGGUGUUAUUGACGGAAGCCAAAUAGCAGGAAUGGACUCCUUUGCUGUUCUUGAGAACUGGAACGUUUCUGUGUCUUGCUUAGGCGUGGAAGACCCUGAAAGUGGCGUGCAGUCAUGUAUUUGGACCAUUAAAGAUAUCAAUGACGUUGUUCGGUUCGAGAAGAAUAUUACGAGCAACUCUAUUUCCUUGGAGAAAAUUGUUUUCACAGACAGUAAGACAUACAGAGAUCUUGGCAUUGACAAGAGCAUUACAUACUUUAAUGUAUUGACUUGCUGGAAUAAAGCGAAGAUGCAGGCCACUGCACGGUCUGAUGGCUUCCAUGUAAAAACCGUUUGGCCUGUUCCUGGUCGCGUUCGAGACGGUGUGGUAAUGGGGACAGACCUCGAUUACCUCAACAAUACAAAAGUAAUAGGUGCCAACUGGGACCCAUUUGUUUCUGACAUUAAAGAUCCUGUUGUUAGUUACGAGAUAGCCAUCGGGACAAGUCCGGGCAGAGAAGAUAUCCUCUCUUAUCUAAACAUUGGCCUAAAGAGGAUCAUAGAAAAAGACUUGGCACCAGAAAUUCCUGUCAUAGAUGUAUUAAAGAGUGGUGUAAAAUAUUAUGUAACCGUACGAGGCACAACUUUGAGUGGCCUUAGCUCAGUGGAACAUUCCGAUGGAUUUACUGUAGAUCCCAGCCCACCACUGAAGGCUGAAGUUUCAGUGUCACACACAGUUGUCGAUCAAGAGACGCAAAUGGUUGAAAUAAGCGUUUCUUGGAGUGGCGUUAAAGAUCCCGAAAGUGGAAUACGUAGCAGUGCAUACUGUUUGCAGACGAAUCCUCAAACUUGUGGAAGUGGCCCAGUACUAGCAGGCCUAUCUUUACAAGGUGCUAUUGGACCUUUCAGACCUGAUUCCUGGGGAGAAUAUUACGUAACGGUUGUUAUUGAAAAUCGGGCUGGCCUGCGUACGGUGAUGUCAUCGAAAAAGCUCACAUUCGACGCUACACCCCCAUCAAAGGGCACUGUUAUUGAUGGAAUAAGCAUGGAUAUCGAUUUUGUGAAUUCCAUGAAUGCCUUGUCGGUUGCAUGGAGAGGCAUCGACGAUGAAGAGUCUGGUGUGGUUAGCUGCUCUUGGGCAAUUGUCGAGCAGACACCCUCAGAUGACAGGUCCUUAUUUGGAAAUGAAACUCUGGUGUUCACGACAGCAGUAGAAAGCGAAGGGAACCUUACACAGGCAAAUCUUAGCCUUGUUCCAGGAGCUCGAUACAUCAGUGAAAUCACGUGCACAAAUGGUGAUGGUUUCAGAAGUACUUCUUCGUCUGAUGGUGUUAUCGUAGAUUUUACCCCACCCAAGGCUGGACUUGUCUACGAUGGUUCAUCUCUUCUUGCUGACGUUGGCUAUCAGUCAUCAACGAGCUCGGUAGAAGCAGUAUGGACUCCCUUCGAGGAUCAAGAGAGUGGAGUCGUGGAAUACUGUUGGGCUAUAGGAACGGUCCCUGAGGCUACAGACGCCAUGAAUUUUACAACCGUCGGAAAAAAGCUAUCCGCGAAGGCAAUGCAUUUGUCGUUAUCUCAUGGUGUACGGUAUUACGUCACAGUGCAAGCUAAAAAUGGAGCUGGAAUGACAUCACAUAUUUCCUCUGAUGGCUUCGAAGUCGACGCCACUCCUCCUGAACUAACGGAGGUCACAACGGGCUUAAGCCCUUGGAUUGGUCCUUCAAGGAAUCUGCACGCGUCAUGGAAAUCACAGGACCAAGAGAGUGAAAUAAGCCGAACUGAAUUUUGCGUUGGAACACUGCCUGUAGGAUGUCAAAUAAAGUAUAUGACAGAAAUUGCUGCAAAUUCAACCCAAGUGUCGUGUACAGACUGCCAUGUAACUAAUAAUGGAACUUACUAUAUUAGCAUCAGAGUAACAAACGGUGCUGGCCUUUUCACCGUAAUGACAACAACUGGUGUGACAGUUGAUUUGACAGCCCCUUACCUCGGCGAAAUAGUACCUCAGUUUUAUGUAACAUCUUGCACUUCAAACUGUACUCUAUUGUCGAAUAUCACCAGUGUCGAAGAUGGUGAAAGUGGUAUCAGACUAUGUAGCUUUGCAAUAAGAAACAGCACUGACUUUUUGACACACUUUAUUAGCAAUGGCUUGAGUAUGAUUGUAAAGGCCACUGGUCUUCUGUUAGUCCCAGGCCAAAGUUAUUUCACAUUGGUACGAUGUGAAAACAACGUUGGACUUAUUGCAGAGAGUCUAUCGUCUGCAGUGAUUGUUGAUGAUACUCCGCCGUCAAAGGGCUCGGUAAUUGUGAGUGACGAUCGUACCCAUGACGUUUUUGGCCUACACUCCAGUUGUCACCUGUUUAACAAAACAAUGCGCGUUCACUGGUUCGGCUUUAAUGAUCUCGAAUCUGAAGUCAGUGGAUUUCGGGUAGCAGUUGGUAAACAUCCAAAUGCCACAGACGUAUUACAGUUCCAAGAUGUUGGCUUGGUGACAAACAUUACACUUCCUUUGUCUAACAUUAGCGCUUUGUUUGAUGGUGACAUUGUUUAUGUUACAGUUGAGUCACGCAAUCCUGCUGGUUUGGUUACCCAAAGUGCAUCCCCGCCGACAAGACUGGUUUCAGUUGAUAACGAAGAGUACCUAGAACAAGGAGACUUCUACUGUUUAGAUUUUUGAACGUUUGAUCAACCAGUAACGUGUAUUUAGUUUCUAGCGUGAUACGCGCCAACGUAUUAGAGGUUAAAUAAGUUAAAGAUUUCUUGAAGCCCUCGGAUUUUCUGAAUUUUUGUUCUCAUUUUUAUAAAACACCAGAGUGUCAUCAUAAGACUAAAAUCAGAUUAGACCAUCAUAUUAAAAAUAA